AUGGAAAAAUUACUUCUGUGGAUCAACGAGAAGCAACUCACAGAGGAUACGAUUAUGGAGACCAUCAUCUGCGAGAAAGCACGAGCGCUGUAUGGGGAUCUCCUGAAGCAGAGACCUGGGACAUCGCCAGAGGAGACAUCAACAGACGCAUUUAAGGCCAGUCACGGCUGGUUUGAUAAUUUCAAGUGGAGAGCUGGUGUUCAUAGCACCGUCGAGUAUGGAGAAACAGCGAAUUCUGACACAAAAGCAACUGGGGGUUUCGUGUGUGAAUUCCGUCAGCUCAUCGCAGCCGAGGGGUACAUCGUACAACAAGUAUUUAACUAUGAUGAAACUGGCCUUUAUUGGGGAAAAAAAUUCACCAGAAGAACCUACAUAACUGCAAAGGAGAAGAAAAUGCCAGGUCACAAACUUAUGAAAGAUAGACUAACUCUCGCCUUUUGUACCUAUGCGAGUGGAGACUUGAAAAUUAAGCCGCUCCUUGUCUACCAUUCCGAAAACCCACGAGCGUUCAAAUCCCCCAAAAUCCUGAAGGAGGAGCUGCUGGUCAUUUGUAGAGCAAACGUUAAAGCCUGGAUCACCGGCAAAUUCCUCACCGAGUGGGUCAACCUUAUCUUCGGACCAGCUGUGAGAAAGGACCUUCUGGAGAACGAUCUUCCUCUCAAGGCUCUCCUCAUCCUAGAUAAUGCUCCUGCUUACCCUCCUAACUUCGAAGAUGAUAUCCUGGACAAAUUCAAAUUCAUAAAAGUUCUAUACCGUUCACGUAACACCACUCCUAUUUGA